AUGUCGUCAUCCAAUUCCAUGGAGUCUGCCGGUCCUUCUCUGGACGACUGCUUGAAGCUUCUGAGAGGAGAGCGGGACGAGCAACUGGCCGGUCUCCUCCUCGCUACCAAGUUCUGUCGAGGGGACGACGACGCCUCCAUCCUCCAGGUUUAUCAUGCCGUCGCCCCUCGAUUCCUCCACCGUCUUCUGGUCACCGGAAUGGGCAAAGGAACCGGUGAUAUUAAGGGUGGCGAGGAUCGGGAAGCGUAUUUGAGGCUCGCUGUUACAGUUCUCGCGGGGUUUUGUCGGGUAGCAGAGAUUGCUUCUUCAGAGGGAAUGAUCUCUAAAGUUCCUCUUGUAGCAGAGAUCAUAUCAAAAUCGUCAGACCCAUCAAUUUUUGAGGAAUGCUACGAAUAUCUAUUGUUGGUUGCAACAGCUUCAGAAAAUAGUAUCACAAAAUUUUAUGAGCCUAGAGUAAUGGAUAUGCUAGCUCCACAUAUCUCUACUUUGACUGAUGGUUCUCGGUCAUUGGAGCUUGCCAUGCGACUGCUACAGUUGGUUGUGAAUAAGCUAUCUGUGGACAUGAUGAAUACUGAAAACAUAUCAGGCAUCUCAUGCAUGGUGGCUUCUAUUGCUAAACAAUUUGCUGUCCUGCAAAAUGUGUUCAAGUUUGAUGCUUUGCACCUACUCGCUACUCUUUUGUCUUCAAAUAACAGUCUACUUCAUGAUGCUCUAAGGUCGAAGGCAAGCAAAAUUUGGGCAGCUCAAAUACGUAUUGGCAUUAUGACAAUCCUUCAAAACCGUGUUGUGUCUGCUGAAAAGCUUCAGGCUCUUCUUCUGGCGGAGUCCAUGAUGUCUAUAGUUGGUGAAAACUGGCUGCUGGAAUGCAGUAAAUUGAAUGAGAAUGAUGACCAGGAUCCUUUGCCAGCUGACAAGUUUCUGUUACUUGUACUUGAGUCUUCAAGGAUUGAAGUUGCUGUUCUUCUCAAUGAACUUGCCUACUUGAAAUAUGAAGCUUCUAAAAGUUCUUCAAAUACUGCUGAAACCAUUGUCCAGAAGCAGAGAAAUCUUGCUAUAUCAUUUUCCUUGAUAGAGAAGAUCAUUAAACUAAUUUCAAAUGUUUCUGGGGCAGUAGAUCACCCUAUUAAUGAAAGCACCUUAAUGAAGGCUAUUGCGGGACUCAAUGAGACGAUAAAUUUAGUACUUGAUUUUUUAGAAGAUUCCAAGGAUCACGGACAGAGAAAAGGAGAUGAUCUUUUAGCUGCAGCACGAAUAAUUGGAAGUUAUCUCGCAGAAACACCCUUGGCAUGCAAGGAAAAGACUCAACAUCUCUUAGGAUAUAUUCUCUCAAUUGAAGGUGAAGAUGAAUCAAGCCCCUUUUACUCUGUCUGCUUCUUGCUUCCAAUGUUGUGCCAAAUAACCAUGGAGGUUGAUGGAUGCAAGGCCUUGGCUUCAUUCAAAGGACAUAUUGCUGUGGUAGAUUGCCUUGUGAAAAUGAUUGGAAGAUAUGGAACGACGGUGGAGGAUAAUGGUCCAAUAUUCCUAGCAUGCGACACUAUCCUGAACUUUCUACUAAAUAGAAAUGAACUUCAAGUUAAACUGGAGGAUUCUCAAUUCAUCCAUCUUUUAAAAGCAUUAGCCUUGUGGACUGAGAGUAGCAAUGAUCCAUUCAUUGACAUGAUGGCUUCAAGCAUCUGCGCUUUGAUAUUUGACUUAACAUCAGAGGAAUCUCUUUUAAACAGUCCCGGAUUUGACAGAAGUAGCAUCGAUAUUUUAUCUCGGCUUCUUGUCAGAAGUUUGAAUGAGGGGGAGACAAGCAACAAUGCAGAGGACCAAUUGGACCUCCAUCAGAUAAUUACUGCAGGGUACCAUCGGUGGGCUGAUCGGUUCCCACGUGUUAGAAAUACUUUUGAGCAUGCGAUGAACACUCAAAGGUUUUGAUAUGGUUUCACUUUGAGAGACGUCCAUGAUGCCAAUCAGAAGAGAGGAGGAUAACUAUCAUAGUCGCUCGUUCGCCCUAGUGUUCGGGUAAAUGUAUUUCAGAUGUUGAUGCAGAGGAAAACGAUCAUACUUGUCAUUGUGCCCGACUCUGGUCAUUGCCCGCGGCUCCAGUAGGGUUUCAAUGGCUCCUGAUGGUGCUUUAACAGCAGUGAGAAAGCCAUGUUUCUUGGCUGCACGUGCUGGCUUGUUUGAGGUCGUCAUUGUAUCCUAUAUAUUGAGGCUGACCGCCAUCAGUUAUCUUUUGCAAUGUACUUCAACAUUAUGUAGCACGAAAGCCAAAUAUACACUGCAAAAGAUGAAGUCGUAUCCGCUGAAAAUUGUUUUUGAGGACUGGUGGAUCUGUAGUUUGACAGUAUCUGUAACAAUUACAGCUUGGUUGGUAACUAUGUUUUAUAAUGGCCUUCUAUAUGCGAAAAAGGAGGACGGGGCUUUUGCCAUCUGCGGAAGCAAAGCUAUAGCCUAUAGGUGAGUAAACACAGACAACAGAUAACUUGGUGGAUUGACCAUGCUGGCUGGCUUAUCAAACUUGUACCAACUUUGGCCAACUGAAUGUGGAGAUCAUGGUGUAAUAUAGCUCUUAGGAGAUAUUCUUAUGAACAAGGAAAAUCACAGCCUUGUUAUUUAAUAUCAUGCUGGAUGACCGUAACAGGUGCUUACAGAUUGUCAUGUCGUUGCUUGUUACUGUUGUUUCGUGAUGGGAAUGAGAGGUCUUGCACCAACAAAUAGGAUCGUUGCUUCUCUUAUUUUUUA